UUUAAAGAUUUUGGCCAUGACAUUGAUGAACACUGACAUUUUUCAUAAUUUAAUGACAAAUUGCUGGCUGAAAAACUAAUCGAUUAAUUGAGAAAAUUACUGACAGAUUACAACAAGAAAAAUAAUCGUUUCAAGCCCUAAAUACAAAAAUUAGAAUUAUGAAUAUCCCUUUGGUUAUUUGUAGUAUGUGAAGAUGUUGAGCCAAGUGGUUAUUUCUUAGUGAUCAGUGUUUUUCAGUUGUACCCCUUCUAAGUUGAGGUGAUCAGCCACUCACAGAAUGUAUAUCGGGACAGGUGGAUUAUGUGCCUGUCAGCAGAGGAACAACUUGUUGCCCUGUCUGACCUCAGCACGGAUCGAGGCGCUGGGGCCAUGUGUGAAUAGGCCUUUAGAAAGCACUGGUGUGGUGGCGAGGCUGCUGACUCAGGGGGCUCACAGUGCGCCGCCCCUGUCCUCAGCACCUCAGCCCAGUCAGGUGUCCAUCCAGUACAGAGAGCAUGUCAGUAUCCUAGCACACAGCCAAAAAAUAAGCUGCCAGAAACGAGACAAAAUCAACGCAUUUCAGAUGCAGAGUGGCGUAGCGCUUAAUGACGAACCCAGUAAGAAGAAUAAGGAUGGCCAGACGCGAGAGCAGGACUACUCUUCUGAAAGCCAUUACAGAAUUGUUUCACCAACAUUCCAGUAUAAGAUGAGCCACCAGCGAGUGGGCAAGUGUAUCAUCAUCAACAACAAAAACUUUGAUGAGAAGACAGGGAUGAAUGUACGCAACGGCACAGACCGAGACGCUGGUGAGCUGUUCAAAUGUUUCAAGAGCCUGGGCUUCGAUGUCUUCAUCUACAAUGAUCAGACAUGUGAGAAGAUGGAGCGUCUUCUUAGAGAGGCCUCGGAGGAAGACCAUAGUGACAGCUCGUGUUUCGCCUGUAUCCUGCUAAGCCAUGGCGAGGAGGGCAUGAUCUACGGAACAGACGGAGCCAUGCCCAUCAAGACCAUGACCUCAAUGUUCAGGGGGGACAUGUGCAAAAGCUUAGUUGGAAAGCCAAAACUCUUCUUCAUCCAGGCUUGUCGGGGUUCCGAAUUUGAUGAUGGUAUACAGACAGAUUCAGGUCCGCCAAACGAUACCCUGGAGACAGAUGCUAAUCCAAGACAUAAGAUCCCUGUAGAGGCAGAUUUCCUGUUUGCCUACUCCACUGUGCCAGGGUAUUACUCAUGGAGGAAUCCUGGGCGUGGGUCCUGGUUUGUCCAGGCACUCUGCAAUGUCCUAAAUGAGUUUGGCAAGCAACUGGAGAUAAUGCAGAUCCUUACGCGAGUCAACUACAUGGUGGCCACCAGCUUUGAGUCCUGGUCUGAAGACCCACGCUUCAGUGAGAAGAAGCAGAUUCCCUGCGUGGUCUCUAUGUUGACGAAAGAACUUUAUUUCAACUGACCGCCAGCCUAACUGACCGUACUAUAUGAGACCACAGACUGACUGAAUGACUGACCGACUGGACUGUUUCAGGCACUGACGAUGCGGUCAAAGCCUUCAGGGAUGAUUCAGGCCCAGCAGGACACUGCACAUUUGGAGCACAUAUGACAUUUUGCAUGUGUAGUUGGGCCCGAAAAACAAGUGACUCCGUUAAAAUAUUUACAGUGGCACUCCUCGUUCAUGUGUUGAUGGUGAAACUUCUUCUUCUUCAGGUUAUUCUUCAGAAUAAUGGCGUCACAUUUGAUCUGAUCUCUAUUUCUUUUUUUGACAGGCAUUGUGAAAUAUCCAUGUUAUUCUACCAGCCUGGAAAAUUUGCUGCCAGUUUUUGUGGGCUCGGGGAAUCAUAUCUGAAUAUGUGUCUCUCCAUUUUCCCAGCAUUUGCAAUAGACGUUGAAAGGAUCUGAUUAGAGUGGACAGAAGUCUCAGGCUCAGAAGUCUAUAUAUAUAUAUAUAUAUAUAUAUAUAUAUAUAUAUAUAUAUAUAUAUAUAUAUAUAUAUAUAUAUAUAUAUAUAUAUAUAGCAUGACCGACUAAAAUAAUUGACAUUCGAUGUUCUGAGAGAAGUCUCUCCAGGAACAGAUAAAUGCACUCUAAUACAGUCAGACAGUAUACAAUACUCUGUCUCUAUGACACAGUGAAAAAAAUUGGAAACCAUGUGACAGGUACAUUUUUAGUAGCCUACUUGAAUCAGUCCUAUCCUUUGAUUUGUUUUAUACGAUAUUGCAAAAACGGCGCAAGUGAGGGGUCUUUCGAGAUGCACCAGCCAGUCAAUAGAAAUCCUGAAUAGAGUGAUUCCAAACUAUUUGAUUGCUAUAGGAGAGACGUAAGAUGGGGAAAAACAACAUCUGGAAAAUGGAUCAGAUCAUUUUCAGCUAUCUGUGUUUGAAUGUUUUCAGCUGUCGAUUGUCCAAAAUAAGCAACUAAACAAAAAGACAACACUCCUCUGAGCAGAGACAUGUGAUGGUGCUUUUUGCCAAAGGCUCGGUGUCUCAGCCUUCCUAGCAAGUUUAAGUUGGUAGCAGCACGCUGGCAUCCUCAGGUUCUUUAAUGUCCCAUGAAGUGGGUAAAUGUAAUGUUAAAGACAUGUCAUAUACGUAAGGCUAGGAAGGUGUGAUCUUUUGCUGUGUACUGCUUAGUUAUAUGAGAUUUCAGGUCAAGUGCGUAGUAUAUAAUCCACCAAGGAUUAUUUGCAAAUUGCCAGAUUUCUCAGCGUGAUGUUGGAGACUUCACUUGCACGUUGUUCAGCCGAGAGCGAGUGAAGUUCAUGUAUUUGCACAUGAUCAAAAUUACGCACUCGUCUUAUCAGUCAGGGUCCAACAAAUCAGUUUAUGAAUUUCCCUUUUUUAAUCUUUAAAGUUAAGACAUUCCACUUUGAUACCUUUUGAUAAAUAGGAGGAUACAUGCUGUAGGGAUUUUACACCAGAAAGAGAACUGAAGAAUGUCAAAAACUGUGUCAUAAAUUUGGGAAAUAUCAUAUUGUAAAGCUGGACGAGGGCCCAAAGCACAAAUGCCACAUCCUUUCACUGUAUAUUAGUGUUGUAUAGUGUACAUACACUUCACUGUAAGAACUACCCAGCAAGGUCUUCCUAUUGUUAUUUUUAAAAAUAAGUAUUUGAUUUAUAAAGAUUUAAUAUCCCAAAUUGUAAAAUAAAAAACAAAUAUGAAUUGCUUUUAUAGAUUAUUUUAAGCACUUUAGUGCACUAUGCCAAGUAAAAAAAAACAACAGUAUUGCAGUAAAUUAGGUAAUAGAUCAUAUCAUUGAGUUACAUGGUGAAAUCCAAAAUACAUAUUUUGAAUACGAGACAAGACAUUUGCUGAAGGUCAUUACAACUUACACUUAGUUUGUUUCUGCAAUUUCGCUGUGUUAUCGUUUUAAAGUCUGUCAAUCACAGAGGCAGCUAUUACUGGUGGUGACAAGUCUGAACAUACACAAUCCACAUGUCCGCAAUACACUCUCACUAUUGCUGCAAUGUUUUUACAUUGUUCACAUGAUUGCAUGUGUCAGUAACUUCGGGGAAAAGUUCAGCAUUAGCUUUAAUUUGUCACUAUAUUUUCCCCGUUUCACUCCUUGUAUUUCUUUUUAUCAGUUUUUUUAAAUUAAUUACACUAAUUAAUUAUUUAUAAAUGCCAAAGUGUAAUCAAGACUGGGUUAAGUUAAAGACAUGUCCCAUUCUGCAACCAGUGCACUUGUUCAAUACAGCCACAACUCUUGAAUCCUGUCGACACAUGGAUCUCUGAUCAGUGAUGUGGUGCCCAACCUGUGCUGAAAGGAGUGUUUGCUCCACUUGUUUUGGAAUGGAAUUGAAGAAGGGAAAACUUUAUUUUUAUGGGUAAAAAUUUUAAAUGCUUUCCAGUGUUAAAUGCUGUUGUCCUCAGGAAUAUAUUUGAAAAGAUUUGGAAAAAUGAAUGAAUGAAUGAAUUACAUUGAAAGUAUAAUCUGGCCCAAUUUUUUAUUUUUUAUUUGGGGCAAUACCUUGUUUAAAUAACUUAACAAAAAAACAGAGGAAUGCUUAUUGUAAACAUUUUAUUGUAUUAAACAUGAAGAAUUUAUA